AUCAACCAUCAACCUUUGCUGAACUGUUUGGUGCCUAACUGCCUCUCGACCUUCCUCAACUCUGUCUCUUCGUCGCUCGUCCAGUCCUUCAGACUUAUUCUAUCUUCUUGCAAUCCUGGACUCUCUCUGCAACGCUCUCAUGUGCCCAGGCUGAUGACCGUACACUGCCUGGACCGGACUCGUCUCAUUGCCCACGCAGAACCACUUGGUUUCGGAUCUCAUUUGUUGAACCACAGAACUGCACGACCCAAACCACCGGAAGUCGCAACACUGUUGAGACCACCAGGAAGGUGUCUAGUGCCAUUUCCAUAUCUAAUACAAGACUGGUCGAGACGAAGUGGAAACCCUUCCUAGCCCUGAAGGCACCGGUUCACGCCACUUCGACCUUAGAUAUCCAGAAAUCCCCCUGCAUCUCUCACUUGACUCUCUGCUCGCGCAUUCCUCGUCGUCCUCCUCUUCCAAUUCCUCAUCUACCAACUGCACCAUGCAGCCGUCUGAGCCUGACCAAAGCUCGCUAGAUGAUAGCUGGGCCUCGCUCGCGGACGUUGAAUCCUCCAACGAAGACGACCUGCAAUCCGAAAAUACCGACGUGGGAUCUCUCCUCGACGUCCAUAGCUCCGAUGAUAUUCAAAGUGUCUCUGACGGAGUCCAUAUCCAUGAUGUUGCAUCAUCAGACGAGGAGGGCCUUGAGGACACUCUGACGGAAGAACUAGACCACAGACCAGCUAUAAAUCCUAUGGCCGAGCGAGAAUUCAUCUACCCCCUUCCGCACCCUCCGCUUCCCGAAACAGCCUACGCGGAACAAGAAUUCGCAGAAGACGGACACAGCCCCAUCGUCACCUAUACAACCAGCCGACCUCUCUCAGAGGAAGAGGCCCGAAGACUACCUCGUCAUGGUCUUGGCGAAAGCGACGUCUCGAGAUGCUUCAGUGUUAUUCGAAUGCCUGUAUCAGAAAGUGGUCUAGACUUGGACGUCCACAACUAUUUUAAGGUUCUUUUACUGGGGCAACAUGUUGAACAGUUCAGGCCAGAACUCCAACGAAAGCUCGGCGACGUCUUAGUAUCACGGCCAGUGACUUCUCGCAAUGUCAGUCCAACAUCUGUUUCGAGGUACCAUCUGGUACCAAACACAUUCGGGCCUGGAGCAGAACCAGAUUUUGCAGACCUUGUUGCAAUCGACAAAUUGAUUGACUUUGAUUGCUAUGAUCUGGUCCGGUCAUCUAGUGGUCCCGGUCAACAGGAAAAAUUGGUCCUUCGAAACAGUCAAACACGCACAGAAAUAGUUUCAAAGCGGAGUGGCUUCAGAUUUGUUGUCGGCAACCCUCGUUGGAGUCUUCCGGAUCUCGCGAUCAUCUGCGUUCACCUCGAUGACGAGGGCAACAUGAACAGUGACAGUUGCCAGAUGAUUUCCUUUGCGGAAAGACAGGGCAUACCUAAGAUUCUGAUCCGGAUGGAUCGGGCCUGGGACGGCGACUAUCGAGGCAGGGUGACCUCUGAUUCUCUACACGAAUGCAUUGAAACACAACGUCUGCUGCCACCACAGCUGCGGCAGCACAAGCUCUCGCCAAAGCUACCUCUGGAUAUGGCGGCUUUCUUGAACUUGGAUGCGACUGUCCUCAACCAGCACAUUGCGUAUGCUGUCUUGAGCGCUGAGCGCGCGCGUACUAGCGAGGUCGAUGGCUUGGAUUUCUUGUCGAAAGAGACUAGCGAGAAGCCCUCGCGCAAGUCCAGCCUUCUCCCCCCAGUUAAUACUUCACUCAUUAAGAAUCUCUUCCUCGUCCUUUGGAUUGUCGGUGUGUAUGGUUUUCUGGGACUCCGCUUAUGGCCGAUAUUGUCGGACCGAGUCGCAGGCGCAACUUCCGGCGACAUAAUUGCCAACAUCACCGCUCAGGAGCAAGCUCAAUCAACGGCAACAGAGCCACCUACGUCGACAUUUGCAACUUCUACUCACACUCCUAGAGAUGAAGUCCAGGUUGCUCAACAACUGCUUGAUAUCAGUUCGAUUAAUGCUAUCCCUGCUGUUGCGGAUGACGCACUUCAUUUUCAAGUUAGUAUCGCGGCCGAAGGCCAAUUGCUGGUCAGACUACCCAAGGUUGCCCUGAGUCGCAAGAAGCGGUCCCCGCUAUCUGUUGAGCUGAAGCGGAAAAACCAGGCUGUUCCUGUGUCCGUACAGGAACUCUUUGAGGGGGUUUUCAGUGUCCACUUACAACCAAAUGAUGCUUAUGGCGAUAUUGAAGUCAACCUGACCAUGAGCAAACCUCGACUCAGUGAGAAGCUCACUGUCUCCUUUGGGGACCGAUCAACUUCUGAAAUCCAGCACCUCAAGGAACUCUUGAACAUGCUGAGUGAACAUGUUCUUGAUACGGCGAGCAGUGUUUCAUUUUCUUGGAAGGGAGUGCGAGAACGAUUACUCAUGAAUGGUUUCGGUUCGUUUCCGAGGGUUGCCACGGAGGGAAUAUACAGUGGAAAGUCGCUCAACGCAACAUGGCACCUCUUGGGCAUAUCGGCGCUUUCCGAUCUCCACUCCAGGUUGAGAAGAGAAACACAGACUUUGCACGAGGAAAUGGUUCGUAUCGCCCAAGGCUACGCUGCGCCAGGAAAUAAAUUCGGCGACACACUCUCCAACAGACUCUCCAAUGCUCGCUCGCGCCUGUUUUCUAUGGCCGAGGCUGUUAAUGUACUGCGAUUUUCGCCCAGCUUUGAUAAGACGGCGGUCCUUCAUCAGCUGUCUGCUGCACAAGGGAGGGCGAAGCAGAUUAUGACGAAGGCAACAAGGAAAAUUAGAGCACGGAAGGCACAGGCCUGAGUCCGGAUUGUGGUGUGCAGUACAGACCAUGACGGGUGAGGUUUGAAGAAUAUCCAUUUUUGCAUGCGUGGAACGAGCACUAGAGAGCCUCCAGGGUCAGUUUAAGGCGUUGGGUAGGCGACGAGGGGCUGGCUUCUCUGGGCGAGGAUGUCACAGGUUGAGGGACGAUGUGCUGUUUAUGAGAAAUGAUGUAUACCCACAGGGAAUCAGCGUUGAGAAUAUUUGUCUUCAGCAGACACAUUGAAUGAGCCAGCCAUUAUUGAAC